AUUCAUACUGAAACCAAGGGAUUACACACAGAAGGACGGUGGAGAAUGGCUUCGAAGGAGAGGUUGAAUGAGCUGUGGAUUUUAUAUUACACCAAGAAAGAUGAGGGCUGCCUGCAGCAGUGGCUGGAGGCUUUUGUGGCUUCCUUUGAGAAGCUUGUUGAUGUGCAGUCACUGGAGCCUCGCAGGCUGGAGAACUAUAUUACGGAGGUUCCCCUCGUACCCAGGGACAUACUGGUGUUCUUCAGUGACCAGCUAUCACACAGUGCCAUUCACCUCUCUGGGGGCGACAGUAACAACAGCACCCUGCUCCUCUCUGGGGGCGACAGUAACAACAGCACCCUGCUCCUCUCUGGGGGCGACAGUAACAACAGCACCCUGCACCUCUCUGGGGGUGACAGUAACAACAGCACCCUCCACCUCUCUGGGGGCGACAGUAACAACAGCACCCUGCACCUCUCUGGGGGCGACAGUAACAACAGCACCCUGCACCUCUCUGGGGGCGACAGUAACAACAGCACCCUGCACCUCUCUGGGGGCGACAGUAACAACAGCACCUUGCACCUCUCUGGGGGCGACAGUAACAACAGCACCCUGCACCUCUCUGGGGGCGACAGUAACAACAGCACCCUGCACCUCUCUGGGGGCGACAGUAACAACAGCACCCUGCACCUCUCUGGGGGCGACAGUAACAACAGCACCCUGCUCCUCUCUGGGGGCGACAGUAACAACAGCACCCUGCACCUCUCUGGGGGCGACAGUAACAACAGCACCCUCCACCCCCUGCUGCUUAUUAAGUUCUUCAUUAUCGUCUUCAGGAAUAUGGAAAACAUUGACCCAGAGAAGACCCCAGGCUUUGUCUUCGAGACCAUUACACUGUUAAACUUCUGCUUGACUCAGCUGAAGAAGCAGCCUGCGGAUCAGUCGUCCCUCCAGACAGUGAUUCAGUAUGGCCUAAUGCUGUUGGAAAGUCUCUUUGACCCUUACAAUACAUGGAGGAGACGCCUGACAGGGGAGGAGGUGAGCAUGGUGGAGAGGAGCAAGUAUAAGUUCUCCCCUCUCCCCUUACCAGAGGAGCUGCCUGCUCUAUUCCAUGACAGCCUGCAGGACAGCCAGCAGAUCCCAGAGGACCUCGCUCUCCGAUUGGUCCAUCUCCAAGGGGCUGUCAUCAGUGGCAGCAAGAAGAACGGCCUGCUCUCCAUCACCCUGCAGUCUGUGGAGGACCUUCUUUCUGUACUCCGAGCCUGGUGCCUCCGGACCUCCUCCAACCCCAAGGACCCCACGCUGCUACGGCUGACCCUGCAGUGCCUGACUGCAAUGGUGCACACCCUCCACUCCAGUAGUCCUGCAGAGCGCCGGCUGGAGAUCAGGACCGUGUUGGAUGGCUACUUCCAGGUCCUGAACUGGAACCGGCCUCCAGGGUUAGGGAACGAGCAGGAGGACGGGCAGAGCUGGGAGGAACACCUCAUCACUCUCCAGAGUCACAUGCUGACUUCGGUGCCUGAGAUCCUGCAGUGUUCAGACAGACCGGUGCUGCAGGCCAUCUUCCUCAACAACAACUGCUUCGAACACAUCCUCCGACUCAUCCAGAACAGCAAGCUCUAUCACAGUAAAAGGUGUAGGUCGGAGCGUGAGGGGGUGUGUGACCUCACCACACGUUUGCUCACGGACACAGAGGUGGAAGUAGACCAGGUUUUGGAGAAAGGUUCCGACUGCAUUACAGUCCAUGCCCUCGGAGUCCUCACAUCCAUCAUGAGUAACUCCCCUUCUGCCAAGGAGGUUUUCAAGGAGCGGAUUGGCUACUCCCAGCUGUUUGACGUCCUGAAGAGUCAGGGUCAGCCCACUAAACGCCUGCUGCAGGAACUCAUGAACAUGGCGGUGGAAGGGGAACACGCCCACACCCAUCACCUGGGUGUCAGUAACGACCAGCCCCUCCUCCUCCUCCUACAGUGGCUGCCUGACCUGGCCCCCCAGAGGGACCUGCAGCUCCUGGUAGCCCAGUGGCUGUCUGCGGUCUGCGGGGGCUCCCUGGCCUGCCGUACGGUGGCUGUGGAGGCCGGCCUGGUGGGGGCUGUGCUCCAUGUCCUCUCCCAGCCACAGAGACUGGACCGCCAGUGUGCCGAUGGCCUCCUGGGGAUGUUACAGGACAUGGGGUCUCUCUGUCUGAGGCCUGCUGAGCUGAAGUCUCUGUUGAGGCUGCUCCGACCCCUCGACCAGGGGCAGGACGUGUUGGCAGGGAAGAGGACGGGGACACACCCUUACUGCGCCCGCAUCAUCCGGGUGCUGGCGGUGAUGGCGGCCAGGGAUGGGAGGAACAGCGCCCUGCAGUAUUUUGACCUGACUCAUCCCCUGGCAGGGAUCAUGGUGCCCACGGUCCAGCGCUGGCCAGGCAGUGGGUUUUCCUUCCACGCCUGGCUCUGUCUCAACAUGGACUUCCCACAAUACCACUCAGAGUUCUCCAUGCCCAGCACCCGCCCGUCUGCUGGGGCACCAGGGGCGGCGACACGGGGUAUGGGCAAAGGACCCCGCAGGAAACAGCUGUACAGCCUGUUGACAGCCGGUGGUACAGGUUUAGAGGCUUUCUUCACCAUGGAGGGAGUGUUGGUGGUGGCUGUCUGCACUAAGAAAGACUACAUGGUCGUGUCCCUGCCAGAACACCCUCUAACAGACUGCUGCUGGCACUCUGUGGAUAUAGUCCAUAUUCCCGGCCGCCGUCCCUUCGGUCAGAAUCUGGUCACCAUCUACAUCGAUGGAGAACAGCGCAAGACAGCCCAGCUCCGAUUCCCCUCGCUCAAUGAGCCUUUCACCUCCUGUUGUAUUGGCUCAGCAGGCCACCGUACCACCACCACCACCACCUCCCCCACCCUGCCUCCUCCCUCCCUCCACCCAGCAGAGAUGGGCUUCCCCGCCCACGCUCCCCCCAUCACCCGCUCCCAGUCCUUCCCAGCCUCCUUUGCGGCAGGCCGCUGGGGGCCUGGACCCCUGCGUGACGCUCCCGUCCACACCAUCCCCGCCGGGCUGCAGGACACAGAGUGGGGCACGCCCACCUCACUGGACGGGCUCCUGGGGACCGCCUUCAUCUGUCAUGAGGCCCUGCAGCCAGCGCACACCAAGGCCCUAUACACUGCUGGCCCCAACCAUGUGUCCCUGUUCAAAGCAGAUGGAGAGCUGUCGGACCUCAACAGUAAACUGCUUCUCUACUACACUCCUCAGGCCUUCAAGAGUCAGAUCUGUGUGGACCUGUCUCCUAACCACCAGUAUGAUGGCAGACUGACAGGCCACAGGGUGGUGAACUGGGACAUCAAGGAUGUGUUGAACACAGUGGGAGGCAUGGGGGUUCUACUGCCCCUCCUGGAACAGGUGUGUGAGCCAGAGCAGGCGGAGGGAGGAGGUCAGGAGACGUCAGACCUGCUGGGACCAGAACUAACCUGUAGCUCCUCCCGGGGGCCUGUCGGCAUGCUGCUGCCACUGGGCAAGUCCUCCGAUGGUCGGCUGGAGAGGAACAGUGUAGCAGCCUUCCUGCUGAUGGUGAAGAAUCUGAUUCGUCAUCACCCUGUCAACCAGGAGAGCCUACUGAACUGCCACGGACCCAGCAUUAUAGGAGCCAUGCUCACUAAGGUCCCAGGUAGUAUGAUGGAUAUGUCUGUUCUGAUGGCGUGUCAGUUCCUGUUGGAGCAGGUAUCCAGUGAGGAGAACAGUCCGGUAAGAGAGAGCAGUCAGCAUUAUAGCCUGCCAGUAGACUUCCGCAUCUGGAGCAACAGCCACUUCGCUGUGUGUCUGGGCCAUGUCCAGUACCUGUCGUCUGUGAUCAAGGAUGGGAAGCAGCGCAUGAGGAAGAAGUAUGGAGUGCAGUACAUCCUGGAUACCAUACGGACACACUACAGUGUGGAGAAAGAUGGCAGUCCUCUGUCUGAUGAAAAGCAGACUGUUCAGAUCUCUCUGUUCUCUCUGCUGAGAGACUUCCUCCUCAAGUGUCCUACUGCGGAAGAGCUCCACAGCAUCUUGGCCUACACACUGGCUAUAGGAGAAGAGCAGCAGGUGGUGAGUGCGUUAGAUGUGGUUUACAGUCUGUUGAGGAGCAGCCCUCCCAGAGAGCAGGUCCAGGCUGUACUGUUGGAGUGGGGAGUAGAACAGCUCUACUGUCUGCUGCUCAAACCCAGCUUUGGAGAUGAGGAGGAGAGAGUCUUCAGGGUUCUGUACAAGAUCCUGAAGAGUGAACGAGUGUCUGAGCGCGCCAAGCAACGUGUCAAGUUGAAGGAUUUUGGAUACCUCGGUCUUGUUUGUUUUCUAGGAGACGUCCCCGUAACCAUGACCACCGUGCGCUGUCUUUACGAGCAGGUCCUCGCUACAGAUGCCACUCCUAACUUCAGAGACCUGCUGGCUGUGGUCCACCUGUCCCAUCGUGCUGAGCUCACUGUCCGUCUGGACGUCUGUCGCAAGCUCUUCUACCUGAUCUAUGACAAUGAGGACUAUGUUCGUCAGCUGGCCCGUCAGCCAGGCUGGCAGGAUGUGUUAACUAAGCUCUAUAUGAAGGAGUCCUAUGAGUCUCGCGGUCCCUCCCUGGCAGGCUCCAGCACCAACAGCUCCCUGGACCCCUCCUCCUCCCGCCCCCCUCUCAGGAGAGAUCACAGCAUGGUCAUAGAGGACUCUCAGUACGCUCACACAGACGUCUUCCUCCCUUACACCUCGCCGGACGAUGAAGAGGAGGAGGAGGGAGACGGCGAGGGCCUGGGAGGGAGGAAUAUCUCAGAGCGUUUCUCCGACCUCUCUCGGUCUUCCCCUAACAGCAGUGGAGGCACGUUGAAGGACUUUGACGACUCUCUCCAAUUUAAGUCGUUUGACUCGGUAGAGCAGGGGAGCCGCUCGUCCUCCCUGUCCAACACCGUGGACAUCCCCUCCGGUCGGCCCCAAGAGGAGGCUCUCUACCACCCUCUGUCCCCCUUCGGCACCUCGCCCUUUGAGCUGGAGCUGGGGGGUAUGAGGGGUGAGAAGGGAACAUGGAACCACAACGCUGUGGGGGGUAGUCAGGCAGGCACCCCCCCCCUGGAGCACAGCCGGUCGUUCCCCUCUCUGAGACCCAGGAAGAGCUCCAGUCUGUCCAACGUGCUGGACGACACCAACUAUGGAACUGACCCCUUGGCAGCUGACACCAUCUCCAACACCUCCAACCCACAGCAGAUGCCAGAGGAGGAGCUGUGUAACCUGCUGACUAACAUCGUGUUCUCUGUGCUGUGGUGCGGCAGCGGGUCGGAGGGGGGGGAGGACGCCGUGUGGAGGGAGAGGGGACAGGUCUUCUCUGUCCUCACCAAGCUGGGCUCCUCCUGCCAACUGGUCCGCCCGCCUGACGAUAUCAAAUGCAGUCUGUUAGAGAUGAUGCUGGAGUCUUCUCUGUCAGACCUGAGGGACUCUCAGGGUGUCUCUCUACCAUACUUCCCCAGUCUGCUGCGUCUCCUCAGGCUGCUCCAGGACUUCCUCUUCUCAGAGGGAACAGACAACCAGGCCCUGUGGAGCGAGAAGAUCUUUGAGGGGGUGGUGAACCUCCUGGACAGACUACAGGCGUGGCACAGCACCCCUGGUACCCCCGGGGCUCUGGAGCUCAGAGAGAUGGUUCAGAUCGGCCUGCGCAUCAUCACCGGCUACAUCCAGCAACAGGACUCACAGGUGUCUGUAAUGGCCUGCGUUAAACUCCACAGCCUCCUGCAGACAGUUCUAUCUCUGGGCUGGGACGAGGUGUGCUUCCUGCUGGGGCGACUAGGUGCCCCCCUGUGGCCCGGCGGGGUAAUGGAGGCGGGCCCCAACGGAGGACACACGGAGACCUUUUCUCAGCUGGUGCCCAUCGUGCGUACCCUCCUGGACCAACACGCUGACCCUGUGACCCUGCACGGCCUGCUGCCCAGCCUGCCAGUCACCAACGGCAGCCCCACCUUCGCCCAGGACCUCCAGAGCUACAGUCACACAGUAGAGUGGCUGGACUUCUACCAACGCCACGUGCAGCCCACCAUGGAGCAGUAUGAACUGGAUCAGUUUGGGAAGAGUCAUGACCUCAUGUCUAACUUCUGGAACUCGUGCUUUGAUGACCUGAUGAGCACUGCCAUACGGCGGGACAAAGAGAAGACCUACAGCAAAGACAAGUUCCAGGAGGUGAUAGUGGACCCGUACCUGAGGCGGGUCCGCAGUGAAAACAGCCGUUACUACAGUGGUCAGAAACAGAGCUCCGGCCAGCAGGGAGUAGUGUGGCGCCACUGGGAGUCCCUCCGCAGGCUGCUCACCAGCGAGAGAGGGGCCUGGGCACACAGAGUCCCACUAGAGGUGAAAUGGAAGUUGUCCAGCGCGGAGACGUACUCUAAGAUGCGUCUGAAACUAGUGCCUAACUACCAGUACGACACUCACCAGGAAGCCAGCGCCUUCAGAGACAAUAUGGGAGCUGAUAGUCCUCGCAGUUCAGAACCCCUCCCAUUGGCUGUUGCCAAGGAGGCCAAAGUGAGUGACAUGGAGGAUGACCAGUUAGGAGAGGAGGACAUUGUCUUUCUGGACAAUAAGGUGGAGGGGGAGGACGACAGUCAGAAGGAGAAGCUGGUUCUGUCGGAGGACUGUGAGCUCAUCACCAUCGUGGCAGUGGUUCCGGGUCGGCUGGAGGUCACCACACAUCACCUGUACUUCUACGACGCCAGCAGCGAGAAGGAGGAGACGGAAGAGGGAAUUGGUUUUGAUUUCAAGCGGCCCCUGUCUCAGCUGAGAGAGGUGCACCUGAGACGCUACAACCUGCGUCGCUCUGCUGUGGAGCUGUUCUUCAUCGACCAGUCACACUACUUCAUCAACUUCAAGAAGAAGGUGAGGAACAUGGUGUACUCUAGGAUCCUGGGGCUGCGGCCCCCCAACCUCUUCUAUUUCGGCUCCCGCUCUCCUCAGGAGCUCCUCAAGGCUUCUGGACUCACACAGCGAUGGGUAUGCAGAGAGAUUUCCAACUUUGAAUAUCUGAUGCAACUGAACACCAUCUCUGGACGUACCUACAACGACCUGUCUCAGUACCCUGUGUUCCCAUGGGUGCUGAGUGACUACACCUCUCCAGAUCUGGACCUGGAGAACCCAGCCGUGUUCAGAGACCUGUCCAAACCCAUGGGAGUAGUCAACCCCCGCCACGCACAGAACGUCAGGGAGAAGUAUGAGAGCUUUGAGGACUCAACGGGCACCAUAGAUAAGUUCCACUACGGAACACACUACUCUAACGCUGCAGGAGUCAUGCACUACAUGAUCCGUAUGGAGCCCUUCACUACCCUCCACAUCCAGCUGCAGAGUGGCAGGUUUGACUGUGCAGACCGUCAGUUCCACUCUGUAGCAGCAGCCUGGCAGGCUCGCAUGGAGAGUCCCGCUGACGUCAAGGAGCUCAUCCCGGAGUUCUUCUACUUUCCAGAGUUCCUGCAGAACAUCAACGGGUUUGACCUGGGCAGUCUGCAGAUGACCCAGAACAAUGUGACUGAUGUUCUGUUACCACAAUGGGCCUUGUCUAGAGAAGACUUCAUCAGGAAACACAGGAAAGCUCUGGAGUGUGAACACGUUUCCUCUCAUCUCCAUGAGUGGAUUGACCUGAUCUUUGGCUGCAAGCAGAGAGGGGAGGAGGCGGUGGAGGCUCUCAAUGUCUUCUACUACUGCACCUAUGAAGGAGCGGUGGAUCUGGACGCCAUAGCCAAUGAGACGGAGCGCAAGGCCCUGGAGGGCAUCAUCAGUAACUUUGGACAGACGCCCUGUCAACUACUCAAGGAGCCACACCCUCCUCGUAUGUCAUCAGAGAAUGCAUCUAGGAGGCAGGCCCGCAUGGACACUCUACCCCCCAACCUGUUUGAACAGCUCGACAAACUACGCCCUUUUAAGGAGGUGGUGUGUGAUGGGCGACCUCUGGUCCAGGCGGUGGUUCCCAGGAACCAGAACCGCUCCUUUAUCAUCCAGGGCUCUGACGUACUGGUGACAGUGAGUUCUGACGGUCUGAUUGGGACCCACAGCUGGCUGCCUUACGAUAAGAACAUCGCCAACUACUUCACCUUCACCAAGGACCCCACCGUGGCCAAUCCCAAAACCCAGCGGUUCCUCAGCGGUCUCUUCGCCCCAGGGGUAGAUCUCAGUACCCAGGUGUUGGUGGUGUCCAACGAUGGCCGUCUGCUGUUCAGUGGAGGACACUGGGACUGCAGCCUCCGAGUCACCCAGCUGGGAAAGGGCAAACUGGUGGGCAGGAUCUGCCGACACAUCGACGUGGUGACAUGUCUGGCUCUGGACCUCUGUGGUAUCUACCUCAUAUCUGGUUCCAGAGACACAUCCUGUAUCGUGUGGCAGGUUCUACAGCAGGGUGAGUUCUCCAGUGGUCUCUCUCCUCGUCCAGUGCAGGUCCUCUGUGGACACGACCAGGAGGUCACCUGUGUGGCCAUCAGCACCGAGCUGGACAUGGCUGUCUCUGGGUCAAAGGAUGGUACUCUGAUAAUCCACAGUGUACGUCGUGGCCAGUUCCUCCGUACCCUGCGUCCUCCCGGUGAGAGCUGCCUGCCAGCCCGGGUCACUGAGUUGCAGGUGGGCAUGGAGGGGCACAUCGUGGUACAGACCGCCCUGGAGGGACGCACUGCUGGAAAGGAGAAGUUCUCCCUCCAUGUUUACUCUGUGAACGGCUGUCUGCUGUCAUCUGUCAGCCUGGAGGAAGAGGUGACAGCUCUCUACCUGGUCCCAGAGUACAUCAUUCUGGGGACCCAGCAGGGAAACCUACACAUCAGACACCUGUACAGUCUGGCGCUGGCGGUGUCUCCCCUGCCGUUGAAGGUGGCUGUGAGGAGUGUGUCGGUGACCAGAGAGAGUAGCCACAUCCUGGUGGGCCUGCAGGAUGGAAAGCUCAUCGUGGUGGGGGCUGGGAAACCAGAGGAGGUACGCUCGGGUCAGUUUUCCCGUCGGCUGUGGGGCUCAACACGCCGAAUCUCUCAGGUUUCCUCAGGAGAGACAGAAUACAACCCCACUGAGACUUCUGGGAAGUGAGGGUCGCCAUGAAAACAUACGGAAGGCAAUAUUAUCGUAGCCUGUUAGGCUCACCCGAGGCUUGGUUGAUGGCCGACACCCAAAUGGCAUCCUAUUCCUAUAUAGUGCCUAUUGGGUUCUGGUCAAGGACAGCAGUAUAUAGGGAACAGAGUGCCAUUUGGGACACAGACAUUUUUCUACCCACCAGCAGUGGAUUUGCUGGAUCAGAAUGAAGGGAGUAGAGACCCUGGAUGUUGGCGUCAGAAAGCCCACCCAGAACUUUACUGGACUGAUUGACUGUUAAACGGCCUCUCCAAACCUCUCUGGGUCCAAGCCUCUAUGGGUCCAAGCCUCUAUGGGUCCAAGCCUCUAUGGGUCCAAGCCUCUAUGGGUCCAAACCUCUAUGGGUUCAAGCCUCUAUGGGUUCAAGCCUCUAUGGGUCCAAGCCUCUCUGGGUCCAAGCCUCUCUGGGUCCAAGCCUCUCUGGGUCCAAGCCUCUCUGGGUCCAAGCCUCUCUGGGUCCAAGCCUCUAUGGGUUCAAGCGCUCUGAGAGAGACACGAUAAACAAAGGCUUUUUUUUCUACUAAAGGGAAAAUAAAAUAUUUUUUGAUUUAGGUGGUUUUAUACUCUAUUUUUAAAAAGGCAUCAUUCCAAAGAUGACUCGUGUUUUGUAGACAAGAAAGGAGACUCUGUUUUAUGUGACUCCCAACCCCUUUUACUGGGUUGUUCCGAGGCCAGUUGUGUGGCAAUGGCACCUUGUCUAAAACUCCUUGAAACUUGAAAACGAUAAACGUUGCAAGAGAUUUCCAUGGUGAAGUACCAGUGUAGACCACUAGGGGGUGGGAUUUCUCUCUCUACAUGUGUGCAAUCCUGCUGAAAAUAAAAUGCAAUAACCCGUUUGGAGUGGUCCAGACGGUAUGUGCGGUUUGUAUUGUCACAUGAUGGAUGGUGAUGUUCACAACAAAUGAACCACUGUUGCCUUAAAUAGGAGAGAAGAGAUGUUGUAUGACUUGUACGGUAUAUAGCAUCUGUAUGUGCAGCUCACAUUACUGCUUUAGAGGAUUGCUUUGAUUGGUUCCUGAUGUGUUGCAUUAGUUGAUGACUCAUUUAGUUUGUCUUCAUCUUCACUCUUUACACAGAUACUAUUUUCCAGCAGAGACCUUACUGUAACUGUUGUUAUUGUUUCAAACUUGUAACUGAAAAGUGCCUGUCAUCUUUUCCUCCAGCACUGAUUGGCUGGAGAUGAGAUGAUCCCCCCCUCCUUCUUUUUUCGGUCUCUCAUCUGCCUGCCAUCUUUCCCUCCCUCCCUCCUGCUCUGUCCAUCACUUUUUCUUCUGCAGCAGGCCGGUGCUUCACAGUAGCUCCGGUCUUCGUAAGGACCUGCGUGUCCUCUGCAACCAAAUCUGCAUCACUUGUAACUAACGGUCAUAUUGUUGGUAAACUGUUAGACAGACAGCUGUGAAAGGGUCCUCAUCCAUCAGGGCGAUUUAACCUUUUAUACUGCUGGUAUCUUGUUAUUUUCUGAAGCACUGAGUUGAACCCUUUUGAACUAGAGAUGGCUUGUGUCCCAAAUGGCACCCUUUCCCCUAUUAUAGUGCACUACUUUUUGCUCAGGGCUCCGGUCCAAAGCACUGCACUAUAUAGGGAAUAGGGUGCGAUUUGAGAGGCAGUCGUGGUGUCUGUAGAACACAUGGGUGGAAAGAUAGACUUGGGCUCCCAACAAGCCAGUAGAGGAAUGUACUUCCUGUGAAAACCCCCCAUUUUUCUGCGGCUGGGUUGGAGAGAGACUGUUGUUAUGCACUGUCAUGUUGGGAUGGAAGAGACGCAAAGGGAGCGUUCCAAAUAGCGCCAUGUGUAGUGCACUACUUUUGACCAGGGCCCCAUAUAUGGUGGCAUUUGGGACUCGGUCACAAAGACAAAAGGGAACUGUUGGCGAAAUGCAAUGGCAACUAAAUCGCAUCUACCAGCUACCAGCUACCGUGUCCAGUCUCUACUAACAGGCUGCAAUCUGUGAUUGGAUGGAGAGUGAAUUUUAGAGACAAAGAGAGAAUAUGGCUGUAAUCUUUUCCACCAUUCCGACUCUCUCAGUAGCACUUGAGUCUGGGAACGAGGUUAAUAUGGCUGUAACUUUGAUGGUUGUUUUACUGCGUGUCGCUAUACUAUGUGUUUAAAAGGUCAAGGGUCACAAUAUAUGGUAAUGCAUUAUUACAUGUCUGUGUUAAUGAUCUGGCUGUGAUGUUGACAGAAUGUCUGGGUUUUAUUGAAAAAGGUGGGCCUGAAAUGCCUGCAGAAAUGA